UUCUUUUUUUUUUUUUUUUUUUUUUACUUCUUUCCUUCUCACUUUUUCGUUUUCGUUAUUCUCCUUAUACAUUUACAGCCUUAACAAACACAAGCUUCUAACACCCAAUUCUCACAGCCUAAUCCUCGCUUCUACAUCCUCAACACUUUGGCAUUUUCUUUUGGAUCUCUGUUUUUCAUCUUAAUCAUAGUAUCAUCUCCAUUCUCAACGUGUUCCUGCCGUGUCGUCUUCUCUGACAUGUCUCCUGCUCCUCCACUGGCGUCUGCCAUCACCUCUCCUUCGGAAGGUACCGCAGCACGAGGACAGGCAGGAGCAACAACACCAGCAGCAGUAGGAGAUACAGUAACCAUACCUGAUUCAAUGCCCCCCCUUCUAGUGCAGAUGCCUGCGCUUUUGCCACCAUCAUCCUCCACUCUUACUGCCUCCGCAUCUGCCUUGCCACUAAGCUCACCCAUCUUCAAUAAGAAUCUCCACAAAAACUCCGCUUCCACAUCUUCAUCUCUCAAUACAGCCUUCUCCCCCACCGCCACCUCUUUUAAAACAAAAUCAGGUCUCUCAUCAAGCAAUAAUAGCAAUAAUGACAAUAAUAGCAAUAAUAAUAAUAGCAGUAGUAAAAACAGCAGCAGCAGCAGCAGCAGCAGCAGCAACAGAGCCUCGCGAUCAAAUUCUCUUGUCAAUACAUAUCCCUCUCCUGCUCUCUCACCGCAGCCUUCUAUUGCUUGUCCACCAAAGGGGUCCUUUGCGCAUCAGAAUGUACCAUCCAAAUCAAGUCGUCAACAUCUUCGUCAGCUCUCAGCUGAGCAACUCUCCUCUCCUCCUUUUUCUUCUUCUUCUUCUUCUUCCCCUUCCUCUUCUUCACUAAAUCCUUUUCUUCAUUUUUAUAACCAUCAUAAGCGACAGCAUAGCCAUCCUCAAUCCCUCGGUCCUACCGCGACAACUUUGGCACAAUCACCACAUCGUCGACUUCACAGUUGUGGCGGUAUCAGCAGCAGUGCCCACCAUAAUUCCUCCCACCGAUCUUCCCCUACCGCCUCUCCCUCCCUUUCUCCCUUGGUAUCAACAACCUUGACACCAACAUCAGUGUCAACACCACGAUACCACAUUGACAACAGUAGUAGCAGUACAGCAACGACAUUACCCCCCUUGCCGUUCUUCCCGCCUUUACCGUUCUCCCCAGACGUACUGGAUAGCUACUUUUUAUCUUCUUCUUCCGUUUCCUCCGAGCCUCUUGUGUCCGAAAAAGAGCAACAAGGACAACAGCAACAGCAACAGCAACAGAAACAACAGAAACAAGGAGCUGAAGAACAACAGGUACAGCAACAACAAAAACAGGGUCUUUCAUUAUCGAAUAUUGGAACAAACACAAACAAAGAUUCAACAAGCAUCAUAACAGGCACACAAACACAAACUCAGGCGCACACCAGUGUGAUCCACUCUGCUGCUUCUUCAAUACUUGAGACUGACAUGUCACUUCCUUCAGCAGCUUUGCCUCCUCUUUCUUCUUCUUCUUCUUCUUCUUCAGUUCCUUCACUGCCUCCACUUCCCAUUACCAUUCCCAUGUCAAGCAUGUUUGCUACUUUAGCUCAUUCGAAUACAAAUGGAGCUAGUGGCGAUGGUGAGAAUGAGGAAACGCUUUCUAUUCCUAUUCCUAUUCCUAUUCCGACUCGUACAAACAAUAACAACAAUAAUGAAAACAUAGCAACUACUACAACCACCGCAGCCACAGUUACACCUGCUGGUGUUCAUACAAACAACAACAACAGCAACAGGAUAUCAUUGAUUGGGAAUAGUAUCAGUUCAAUGUACCUCAAGGCUGACAAUAACAAUAGUAGCAGAGAUCAUACCAACACCAACACCAACACCAACACUAAUAACAGCAGCAAUAAUAACAGCAAUAGCAAUAGCAAUAGUAGUAGCAGUAGCAAUAACAAUUACAAUAGCAACACCAACCUCAACAUCAGUAAUCAAUUCCGCAGGAGUACUAGCAGCAUUCAUCAAUUACAGGGACUUUAUAACAAGCAACAGUUUCUUACACCCAAUGCUACAGGAGAAGGAUCAUCUGUGAAAAGUGAAUCAAGUUAUCUCAGUUCUCGUAGAAGCUCCAAGGAUUCUUGCUUUAAAAAAAAAGAGUUGACUAGUAUGUUCCGGUUAUAUUACUUUAUUCUCCUACGAAGAACAAGGGGUGAAGAAGGUUUUUUUUUAUUUUUUAUUUUUAUUUUUUUUGUCUCCUAAUACGUUUCUAGCAUUUGUUUAUUUGAGGAGAUAAAGGAGGAGAGAGGAUCAUCCGAUCUUUUCUAUUUGUUAUUUUACGCGGCAAAAAAAGAAACUCUUCCCCUUAUUCUAAUGUUAUUGCUUAUGAAUAACAUGUAAAUGUAUAAAUAUAUUAUAUAUGUGGUGUGAUG